AUGCUCUCGUGCUUGGGCUUCGGCAAGUCGCGCCGCCACGACCACGGCGAGCGCGAGCCGCUUCUGCCCCAGUACCAUGACGACACCCCGCGCCAAGCCCGCCUCCAUGAGAAGAUUCACUCGUACCAGAUGCUGCGGGCCAUGUCCCAGGGCUACAUGCCUUCCAACGAGCAGGCCAUUGUCCACCUGCGCAGUCUCCUGUCCGCCAACCUGCUCAACCCGGACGUCUCCGACCUCAGCACCUCUGGCCGCGCCCUCGUCAGCUCCACCAAGCUGUGGAUCACGCAGCUCAUCGACCUGCUGGAGCACAAGAACCCGCACGACCAGGUCCAGGAUUUCAUCUGGUACAUGGCCAAGGCCCGUCUGGACAUUGACGUCGGAGAUAUUGGCGCCAGGGCCGCCGCGUCCAAGGCCAAGGCAGACGCCUCUGCCACUGUCGCCAGCCUCAAGACCAUUGGCUCCCUGCUGCUCACCAACUCGGAAUUCCGCCUCUUCCUCGCCGACCUGAGCACCAUCGGGAGGGAAGUCUUCAGAGACGCGGCCUUUACGCUCGCUGAUGUCUCACGCAAGGCGGGCGACCAGCUGAAGCCGUCCGAGGAAGCCACCGAGAGCCUCAAACACCCAGACGGAGGCACCGAGACGGCCCCGUCGGACCAAGAGCUCGAGGGUCAAGUACGACAAGUCGCCCAAGUUGUUUCGUCUGGUGCUGCAGAGGUGGUCGGCGAGGCUGGCCACAGCCUGGCUGAGCAUGUCAAGGGAGACGAGCAGCAGGCUCUCAUCCACCGCCUGAAGCAAGCCGUCCUCAAGCUGCGAAAGCGCCCCGACUACUCCGAGUCGGCGUCGACGCUGUCGCUGCUUCUGCAGCGUUAUCUCGUAGCUUACACGCGGCUGACGUCCGACGCCGUCCACGCUGUCGAGGACGAGGUCGGGGCCAGCCGGGACGCCGACAAGGCCGUCGACAACUUCUGGCAGUUCCUCACCACCUUUGGCGACCGCGAGCAAUGGGGUCAGGUGGAAAAGUCAUUCAAGGACGUGGUGGAUGCCGGUCGGUCGGACCCGGACUUUGACAAACUGGCCAAGGAGCUGGCCAACCUGGUCCAGGAGAUGCUCACCGAGCCCGACUUUUUCGACAACGCCGAGGAGCGGCUCAAGCAGCUGCGCGCCAGAGCCAGGGAGGUUGCGUCGAGGUCCUCCAUGGGCGAGAGCCUGGACGGACUCCUCAAGAACCUCCACUCGGCAAUACGCUCGGUGCGCGACGACGAGGACAUUGAGAAACUGUUCCGCACCUCGACUCGGAUCGCGCAGAUACUCUCGCCCAGCGGGCAGUACACCAACAGUCAGCUCGUUGACGACUCCAUCAAUGUCUUUAUCCCUCUGCUUGUUCAGGGUGUGCAGCACUUGCCGGUGCCUCGUCUCGAGGUGUCCACGCCUGACGUGGAUCUGCUGCUGGAGAACCUCGUGCUGGAGCCCGGCAAGACUGUCAACCACAGCUCCUUUCUCCCCUACAGGCUGCAAGUCUCGACGCACAAUGACAUUGAAGUCCGCAAGGCUCGCUUCCAGACGACAUCGUCCAUGACUACUCAGCUCAAAGUCAGGAUCGCCGGCUUAUCCCUUGCGGCGGCCGAUGUCGGGUACUGGGUGCGUCUGCACUCGGGCUUGCUCAGGACGGUGGAUGAGGGUCUCGUCAGCUUUUACCUCGACGAGCGGGGCAUCGACAUUGCACUCGACAUUGAGAUUGGGCGGGACCGCAUCGACCAGAUUGUUUCGCUCCGGCGGGUGGGCGUCCGCAUCCACCACCUCAACUACACGUUGAGCCAAUCCAAGUUUUCCUGCCUGGCGUGGCUCUUCAAGCCGCUGAUCCGGCCGCUGGUGAGAAAGGCGCUCGAGGGCCAGAUUGCGGCGGCCGUCGACGAGGGCCUGCGCACGCUGAACCGCGAGUUGCUGUAUGCGCGCGAGCGGCUGCGGGCGACGCGCAUCGCGGACCCGGAGAGCCUCGUGACGUUUGUGCGAGCCGUGGCCGCUCGGCUCACGCCUGCACCGGACCCCGAUUUGGAGGCCAGGGCGGGGGUGCGGCCCGGGCGGGGCGUGUUCCGGGGGCGGUACGCGCCAGGCAGCCUGGUGAAGCUGUGGGACGACGAGGGGCGCGAGGCCGAGCAGAGGGUGUUUGAGUCCGGGAGGGGUGGGUGGCGCAACGGGAUAUUCGACGUCGGGACGAGGCCGGCCGCGGAUAGCUCGCUGGGGGCGAACACGACAGCAGCCGCCUGA